CCCCCCCAGCGUGCCCCGCCCCGCCCCGCUCCUCAUUCAUUCCCCAUCUCGUCUCCGGCGACAAAACCCUAGCCUCCUCUUCCGUGUGAUGGGAUGCCGUCCAAACCCUACCCCGACCCCCUGACCACCUCCUCCUCCCCCGCCGCCCCCGCGACCUGGAUGUCCGCAUGGACGGUGCCCGGGCCCUGAUCGCCGCCGGGGCCACCGCCGUCUGCUGCCUCGUCUGCGCCUUCUGGGCCUUCAGCGCCUCCUCCUCCUCUCCCUCCUUCUCCAAGAAGCAGCAAUCCCCUUCGCUGCACUGCUGCGGCUGCGCCUCCUGCGGCUGCCGCGCCGCCAAGUCGGCCAACGGCGAGAUGGCCGUGGGCGGGGAGAACAAGAAGAAGGCGCAGGAGCCGGCCCCGCCUGAGGGCGGCGGCGGCGGCGCCUCCAUGAUGGAGCAGCUCGUCCCCGAGAUCACCACCCACGCGCUCAGCUACCUCGACUACACCAGCCUCUGCCGCCUCUCCAUGACCAACUCCGCCAUGCGCCGUGCCGCCAACGACGACGGCGCCUGGAAGGCGCUCUACCACAAAGAUUUUACAGUGGAGCAGGGUACUAUAAAUCCACCUAAUGGAUGGAAGGCAUACUAUGCUGCUACAAAAGCCAUCAUGAAUCUUAAUGCAGAAUUCUACAAUAUCAUCAGGGAAGGGUCCUUGCCAGCAAUGAGCCGAUUUUGGCUCAAUGCAGAUUAUGUUAAGUGUAUUCACGCGACUGGGGAGUUCUUCACUGGAUACAAUGCGGUGAUGGAGGGCUGGGGCUUGCUGUUCAACUGGGGCCAAGAUGGAGGGCAGGGCAUUGCUUUCCAGAUACGGGAUGUCCGUGUUCGUGUCCUUGGUGAUGUGGCAUGGGUCAACUUGAAGGCUAACGUCGACGUUGACCCUGUGCUGUUCCAUGUGACGAAUGUGUAUGAGUUCCGCAAUGGCAGGUGGUACAUGGUUCACCACCACAGUUCGCUCAUGGCUGACCCUCCUGUUCCGCAUAAUAUGUUUGGUUGAAGCUGGAGAGUGAAAGCAUGAAAUCUUGGUGAGGAAACUAGAUGGCGCGCUUGGACGUGGCGUGCUCCUUGACUGGUACUAGAUUAUCGGAUGUAUUUGAGGAGAGAUUUCGUUCCCCCAUCGAUUUUCUCCGUUCGGGAUCUCCUGUCGAUAUUACCCUUCUGGAUGUCCAUUCUGCAGCUUUGUAUAAAUGUGUUUUAGGUGUUAAACUUAAUUGAUGAAAGGAAGGUUAUGGCGCCCUGUGGGCUGCGGCUGACUUA